AUGUUAGAGACAAAAGAGCUAAAUAUCGGCCAACGAAGAAAGGGCUUCACGUACAGGAGCGAUGUUGGUGACACCGCCAAGGCAGGCUGCGAUAUUGCUGAGGCUCAAAGUUGGAAUGGCACCAAGCAGGCAAAGAGCCUGGAAGAGAGGGAUGCCGACGAGGCUGUUGACGCAGGUGUUGACGUCCACUGGAGUAAGGAUGACCUGGUGGUCUACAAGGACGGGGGCAGUGUCCGUCUGGGCGGGGGCAGCAAGGCCGGUGGUAAUAGAUACUGA